UCAAUGUGUCGGUCAAUCACGGGCAGUGCCCGACUCUCUGCCGCCUUGUCGAUGUACUUUGUACAGUUAAGUCGUCAUCACCUUCGGAUGGAACUCCGCCACAACACGUCCUAUGGUGGACCAAAGCUUGAAACAUUCGAGUAUCUCGGGUCAGGUCCAACACUUGCAAAGACAUUCAAAUUCAGAUCUUGAGGCACCGAGGCUGCUCACUACGGAGCAACUCGCUGGCUGCCUUGCUUUGCUCACGUUGUAUACUAGGUAGUUACUAAGCUUCCGUCUAUAUCAGGUGCACGCCUCAUACGCCGUCGGAUCCCGUCAGAGGGGACUCACGCCAAGCUAUGUUGCUUGAUUGAUUCAUUUUCGCCCUGCCAAAGUUCUCCCUUUGUGCCGCGACUUGUGCCUUGGACGUAGCCAGUGCCUCGCAGGCGAAGUGCUCGUCGGGGUGGCAGCCAGCCAGCCUGGUGGGGCCCUAACUAACGCCCAGCCCUCUGUGGCCCGCCGACAGCCUUCUCAGCCUCUCAGGAACCCGAACGUCACUGCAACAUCCAUCCGCACCCCGCCUCACCCGUGACGACGACCGCAGCGACAUCAGCACUGCUUGCUGCUGCUGCUGCUGCGACACCACGCUCAACCAAGCCCCGGCCGAGUCUUUGAGCCGGCUCCAUCGACCUGCUCGCUCAUCGCUCACCCGCCUCGACCGGCCGCGGUCCGUCGCAUCCUUCUCCCCUCCCUCCCCGCGCGAGACGACGGCGCCCCGGCGUCGGCGCCUCCCCCCGAUUCCGCGCCAGCAGCCAUGGAGACGUUCAAGUCGCUCUUCAGCAAGCCGGACCCCCAGGCGCAGGUCCGAAAGUGCAACGCCCUCCUCCGAUCCAACAUCCGCAAGCUCGACCGUGACAUCUCGACAGUAAAGCAGGUCGAGAUCAAGACCAAGAACCUCAUCGUCCAGGCCGACCGGCGCGCCCAGCGCGACCCCACGCGCCAGAAGCAGGCCCAGAAGGAGGUGCGCGACUUCGCCCGCGAGCUGGUCCGCGCCCGCCGCACCUCGGCCCGCCUCGUUACCUCCAAGGCCCAGCUCAACUCGGUCCAGAUGCAGGUCAACGAGGCCUUUGCCGUCCGCAAGAUCGAGGGCUCCAUCAAGGCCAGCGUCGGCAUCAUGAAGGACGUCAACACCCUCAUCCGCCUGCCCGAGCUGUCGGGCACUAUGCGCGAGCUGAGCGUCGAGCUCAUGAAGGCCGGCAUCAUCGAGGAGAUGGUCGAGGACGCCCUGCCUGAGGACCCGGACAUGUUCAUGGAAGACGACGAGGCCGAGGGCGAGGUCGACAAGGUCCUGGGCGAGAUCCUCAAGGACCGCAAGGAGCCUGCCCUGCCCGCCGCCCCGCUGCCCGAGCCGCAGCAGCCCGUGCAAGAGGAGGAGGAGGAGGAGGAGGAGGACGCCGAGGUCAUGAUGGACCAGAUGCGGAACCGCCUAGACGCCCUGCGGAGCUAGCGCACGAGGACAUCUUGGUGUCUUCUUCUGCCAGCUUCGUGCCUCAUCAUUUCGUGCUAUCUUGGCAAUGGCGUUGGGGCGUCCCCGGGGGGUCGCGUGUUGAAACUUUUCCGCUGGACAUGCUAACUGAGUGUAUACGGGUCUGAAUUUAGACUUGAAAUCAAUAUCGUUUUGCAGGGAGCGGUCGACAAAUCUAUCGGCCUCUAGCUACUGGC